CUCGUACAGCCUUUGGGAAGUCAUCAUCAACAUCGUCCAGAUGCGACGAGGCAGGUACCUAGCGUAGCACUUGCCUCAGGCAACUUGACCGGUGAAGCCUGCAUUAGGUGCCCCGUAGCCCUCAUAGCAACCCAACAGCGGCGCGUGCUCCCUUUUCCAUCGCCGAUAUUAUCUUCAGCAUUUACACACAUCGUAUACAUAGGUAUCCCCCCCGCCGCUGAAUCACCGCCGAACCCGGUCUUGACAGUGCUGGGUGAUAACGCUGCGUUGCCCCGAACCAUAGUCGAAGAAUCGAAACACCUCGGAAGACAUACGCCAUGAUUCCGAGGCCUAUCCUCGUUACUGUGUCCCUGGCCGCCGUUGCCAGCGGAGCGCAGCCUGGUGCUCCCGCGCCCGUCACCGUUCCUAUGCGCGAUUUGGAAUGGGGGCAGCUCAACAUUAUACACACGACCGACACCCACGGCUGGCUGAGCGGCCAUUUGCAGGAACCGCAGUAUUCAGCCGACUGGGGCGACUACAUAUCCUUCACGAGCCAUAUGCGAAAGAAAGCAGACGAGAAAGGCGUCGACCUCUUAGUCAUCGAUACCGGCGAUAGAAUAGAAGGAAGCGGGCUGUAUGACGGUUCCGAUCCGAAGGGCAAAUACAGCUACGACAUCUUCACUCAGCAGCCUAUAGACGCUCUCUGCACUGGGAACCACGAACUCUACCAGGAAGGCUCGGUCGAUCGAGAGCACAACACUACCGUUCCGCGCUAUAAGAACGCGUAUAUCGCAUCAAACCUCGACUACAUAGAGCCCGAGACGGGCAACCAGAUCCCGCAAGCUCAGCGGUACGUCAAGUUAAAGACCAAGAAUCUCGGCUAUAACAUCAUCGUGCUCGGCUUUCUGUUCGACUUCGACCGUAAUGCGAAGAAUAGUGUUGUGAAGCCCGUUGAAGAGGCUAUGAAAGAGGAAUGGUUCCAAACCGCUAUUCGCGAGAAGCCCGAUCUCUUCCUCGUCCUUGGCCACAUAGGCCUUCGUAUGAAGGAGUUCGAGCAGAUCUUCAAGGUGAUCAGAGACCAGAACUGGUACACCCCCAUCGCCUUCUUCGGCGGCCACGUACACGUGCGAGACGCGAGAAAGUUUGACGACAACGCCUUUGCGAUUGCCAGCGGUCGGUAUUUCGAAACCAUCGGUUGGAUGUCCAUCGACGGCAUCAACAAGAAGAGCGCCAGCGACAUCUCGACCGAGGCUACCGCGACUUUCAAGAGACGCUACAUCGACAACAACCUAUUCGGUCUCCAGUACCAUACUGGCUUGAACGAGACCACUUUCCCUACCGAAUUAGGUCGUAACGUUACCAACAUGAUCGCUAAGGCCCGUAAAACUUUGAAGCUCGAUCGCUCGUUCGGCUGUGCACCUCAAGAUUUGUGGAUGAGUCGUGCCCCAUACCCCUCAAAUUCCAGCAUAUUUACCUGGCUCGAGACCCAAGUACUUCCCGACACCAUUGUCAACGAGGAAAGGGCCAAUUUUUCAAGGCUCACCAUCGUCAACACCGGCGCUAUCCGUUUCGACAUCUUCAAGGGCCCCUUUACCACGGACUCUACGUUCCUCAUCUCGCCGUUCAUUAGCAAAUUCAACUAUAUAGCCGACGUGCCCUACCCCGUCGCCAGCAAAGUUAUCCAGCUCCUGAACAACGGAGGACCGGUUUUCAAUGGUAACCAUUCGCUUAACACGAAGCACCUGACGAUUCCCGAACGGACCUCUCCAUGGGUGAUCUUGAACACCGUGGGCGAGGAAGAGGUACCGCUUCCCGCGCUGUUCAUGGACGGUGACGGAGCGAUCCAGAAGCCGCUAGGCGGGGGCAACGACGAUCCUAGCGAGGGGCCUCAGUUGACUCAAGGAUACACCACACAAGAUGAUCUUGGCACGGACGGCGACGACGCCGUGCACGCACCCAUAAGAUUCUACGACGUACCCAACUGUAUCGAAGCCAAGAUCGCCUUCCCCCCUCCUCCACCGCCGGCUCCCUCACCACCGGCUCCUACCACAACCGCAACCACGUCCUCCUCCUCGUCUCCGUCUCCAUCGUCGUCGGCGGCGGGCGCCAGCGUCGGACCGGACCCGGAGAAGGUAGACCUGGUAUUCCUCGACUACGUCCAACCAUGGAUCAUCCCGGCACUGCAGUUUAGCGGCGGCGACUACAAAGUCGAGGACGUGCAGCUGUACCUCAACGCGACGCUGACGGAUCUAAUCGCCGGGUGGGUCAAGGAGAACUGGGAGGUGAACUGCUGAGAUGUUGCUGCUUAGCUGCCCAGAUAUAUAUAUAUAUAUAUACAUAUACAUACA